GGUCGUGUUUAGACGUGCCCGCGCAUAUAUUUUUUUUCUCACGCCGGUGUUCCAACUGAGCUUUUUCGCGUUUUUGUUUCAUUGUAGUCACGUGCGUGUUCGAACGACUGUCACGUUCUAUCAAUUGAUCUACUUUAUCGACCUGGUGAGAGAACAGGCACACGUAAUAGAUAAUCGAUUAGGACGCCUAGCCGGUCAUCGCCGCUGGAUGAUGCUCGGGUCCCCACCCGGUGCGGGAUGGGAAAAUUGCGAACGAAGAAUGCUGCUGGAAAAUCGCUUACCUUCACAGUAUUAUUGUGGUGAAAAUGGGAAGCGCUGAAACUAGUUGGCGCUUGACGUGAUUUUAAUUAACUUAUGGAAAAUAUCGUAGUUUAUCUUGGAAUGUGAAUUGUUGCGGAAUGAAGUGGCAGUGGGAAAGUUGUGCAAUGAAAAAAUUAUCGCUCGAAAGCAGACAUACCUUCGGACAUAUCGAAAGCUCACAGUAGGCUGACGAGAAGAAAACUAAUGAAUACCGGCACAUGGGUUGGAUGCUGUGAAGGAGAAUAUGAAGAAAGAACUACGCUCCUGCACGGCAUGCGGUGAGCCCAUCUCAGACAAGUACCUGCUAGACGUCGGCGGCUGCUCGUGGCACUCUGCGUGCCUUCGCUGCUGCAUCUGUCAUACCCCGCUCGAUCGCCAGCCGUCCUGUUUUCUAAAGGAGCGGCAGAUCUACUGCAAAACCGACUACACAAAAACGUUUGGUGCCAAGUGUGCUCGCUGCAAUAGAAUCAUCGCCGCCUCCGAUUGGAUCCGCCGCGCUCGUGAGCUGAUCUUUCAUCUGGCCUGCUUUGCCUGUGAUAGCUGUGGACGCCAAUUGUCCACCGGAGAACAGUUUGCCCUAGUCGACGAAAAAGUGCUCUGCAAAACGCACUACUCGGAGAUAUUUGACUGUGGAACCUCCAGCGAUGAUGGAUGCGAAGCCGAUGGUAGCCAGAAAAGCAGCAAAACUAAGCGAGUUCGGACCACAUUCACGGAGGAGCAGCUGCAGAUCCUGCAGGCAAACUUCAACAUUGACAGCAACCCAGACGGGCAAGAUCUCGAACGGAUAGCGUCGGUAACUGGUCUCAGCAAGCGAGUCACCCAGGUGUGGUUCCAAAACUCACGUGCUCGUCAGAAGAAGCACGUCCAAGUUCCUAGGGAUGGCGACCUGAAUCCAUUCGCCAGACAUAUCAACCUUCAGCUGUCGUACACAUUCCAGCACAGUCCAAUGCAUAUGGCACCAGUUGGUCCGGCCGGUAGUAUAAACAAUAAUGUAACCGGUAAUGUGGGACCAUGUUAUAGUAAUGUAAAUAAUAACUUAAUAAGCUCGUCAAAAUCGUCGCCGUACAGUAGACAUGAAUCGUCGCUAGAUGAACUAUCGGAGGAUUCAGCUAUUCAUUGUAUGCAAAGCGAAAUAUAAAUGCAGAGAGGAGUGGUCAGUGCCGAUGUUGAACCAAAGUGUGUCUACAAUUUUGCAUUAGUUUCUAAAUCAGUUUCGUUUAUCUUUUAAAACAGGUUGACUAAGUUAUUCAUUAGGUCUAAAAAUAGAUAACAAAGCUCUAUCAUCAAAAAAGUAUUUAUGUGCCCAGUAAUUUGUUGAUAUCGAUUCGUUUACUAUUACAAAUUAGGUGUAGUU